AUGGGCUUACCUAGUGUUGUGCUUGAUGCCCUGUCCUUUGAGAUUUUCAAGUCCCAGCUGACGUCCCCCAAACAGAAGCAGCCCGCACCGCCCACCGCAUCACGAGCGGGGGCUGCGGGGGCUGCGGCCGCGCGGCGCGACGGGAACACGGCAGUUGUUAGCCAGCAGCAAAACAACGCGCACGCCGACAUUGGUCGGCGCAGGAGAAGCGACGGGCCGGGCCGGGCCGGGCCGGGCCGGGCCGGGCCGGCAGGAGGGCCGGGAGCGGGGCUGGUGUCACCGGCGGGGCGGGACGCGCUGGUCCCUCCGCAGCGCUCAGCGCCCUCUGCGCCCUGGCAGCACCGCCCCGUGGCAGCGGAGCGUCGGCCCGUGAGUCAGAGGCUUUGCGGGAGCUCCGUGCGGCCUCAUCUGGCGUCCCUGGGGCCCGGCUCUGUCUGCGGCUCCGCGUGGCGGGGAGGCGGUGGCUGCGAGAGGGGCCGCGACGGGGGCUCGGGCGGGAGCCGGGAGCGUCACGGUGAGGGACCAGUGGGAGCUGCCGGCUGUGGGAAAGCGGCGGCAGGAGACGGGAGCGAAACGAGGAGCAGCCGGUGCGUUGCGUGGUGGGUGGUUCUUCACGAGGUGAGAGAUGCGUGGCUGGAAGGCGGAAGGGCUUUAGCGACCAGGUGUGGCUGAGGCUGGGGAAGCAGCAGCCCCGAGGCCAGGCCAGCGCGAGCCCCUCUGCGUUUGUGCCCACAGCUGCGGCCGCACCAUGCUGCGCUUCCUCUGGGACAGCAUCUCCCUGCAGAUGCUCUUCGUCUUCCUCUUUGUCUUC